UAUCUUCAAGCCUUAUAACUGUUUCGCAUUUUCCCUUUAACGUGCAAAAUUAAAUGUUUACUAUGGUGUGUAAUAUAAUAUAUGUGUAGCGUGCUUCCAGUUGUCCAUAAAAAAUUCUCGAACUCCUGGGACAACCAGCGCUGUUAAUACUAAUUUGCUCAUUUGACUCUGUAUUCUGCUGGCAGUUUUUCAGCGAUGGAGCUUAAAACGGCUGCGAUUUUCCGGCUCGUUGUGGUAAUCGUGGGAUGCCAGGUUUGUUCAGCAACUUUAACGAUUCCGGCUGGACCCUUAGUUGGUCGCAAGUGCAGCGAGCACGCCGCGAAUCGACAACCCUCGGAACCGUUCACCCCCAAAUGCAACCCAGAUGGAACGUACGCUCCCACACAGUUCAAUACCAAAUCCGGUCUGAAAUUCUGCGUCUCCAAGGAAGGGAUCAUGUUGGUAGCACCGCAGCGAUCGUUGUCAGAUUGUGAUUGCCCACGAAAACGUUUCGAGAAAUUCCAAAACGGAACAUUUGAAGGAUUCAUUUUUCGGUGUGAUACGGAUUUCACUUACUCCGUCCAACAGUACAAUCCCGAAACGAAAGAAACCCUGUGCCUUAUGAAAGAUGGAGAAGUGAUCAAUGAGUAUCGCGGAGAACAGAUCAAGGCCUGCAAAUGUCCGCGCCAGUGGUACGAAGCCAAAAUCAGUCCGUUACCGAAUCGCUAUGGACCGCAGUGUAACACCGAUGGCACUUUCAAGCCACAGCAGUGUCACAAGGGAAAAUGCUGGUGCGCCAAUGGAGAAGGCGAACAAAUCUCAUCUCAAAUGGUCCCCGAGUCUGACGCCGGUACCCUGGACUGCCAGCCAAUAUAAUACGCUGGUCACGAUUCGGCGCGCGGGAUUGUACAAGUUAUGCGGGAAACGGUAUCUCUGGUAACUUUUACAAUUUAUUGUUAGUGAAUAGUUUAUCGCCGUGGUGUCCAGCGCAGAAAACGAAAGCGGUGAAAGUAUUAAGGACAUGACAGUCCAGGACGAUGGAUGUCCAUUACACAGUCACAGUCGCAUUAAUUGUUCACUCAGAAUUUAAUCUUGUGGACGGAUGAAGAAUAAAACUGAGACAAUUAUUCCCCGACUAUCUUG